GUGAAUAGGCAGGGGGAGUGUUCCUGUGGGGGAGGUUUCAGUUCCUCUGAUGUCUCUCCCCUCCUCUCAUGCUCACAGCAGCAGGAGCCUCGUCUGUAGCACAGAGUCGAGCACAGAGUUUACCGGAGCUGUCUGCAGAGCUACAAACCACAGACACACUGGUCUCCAGAACCAUCACCAUGUCUGCUACCCCAGAGCGCUGCUUUGGACCACUCCAAGAUCCAGCUUUUAUUCAGGAACAGUGUGCCCAGAAAGUCUCCACGUCAGCUAGAUCUAAGCGCUACGAGUGUGACCAGUGCGGAAAGUGUGUGACUACAGCACAUUCACUCCAAAUACACAUGAGGAUCCACACUGGUGAGAGACCUUACAGCUGUGACCAGUGUGGGAAGACCUUUAAACAGCAAUCUGGUUUAAGUGAACACCAGAGCAUCCACAGUGGACUGAAGCCCUUUAAGUGUGACCAGUGUGGGAAGAGCUUCAGAAAUAAGAAGUUAAUGACUGAUCACAAACGCCUGCACAAAGACGAGCGGCCGUACAAAUGUGACCAGUGUGAUAAAUCUUAUAAGCAAUCACAGCACCUCGCAGUUCACUACCAAACCCACACACGAGACAAACUGUUCACCUGUGAUUUCUGUUUGAAGAUUUUCAAAACUCCACGGGAAUUGUCAAUGCACCGAUGGACCCACACGAGAGAAGAGACCGCCUACAAAUGUGACCACUGUGGGAAGAGUUUCUCUCAGACCAGCGCUUUGAAACGCCACCUGAACAUCCACACACAAGACAAAAAAUACAGCUGUGAGGAGUGUGGGAAGACAUUUACUGACAGAAGCACACUUAGGAGCCAUAUGAGAGUCCACACUGGAGUUAAGCCAUUUGAGUGUGAUCAGUGUGGGAAGAAAUUUAGCAUCAAGAAAUCACUCAGAAAUCACAGCAAUGUGUGCUCAAUGUGAAAAGUCCUUUAGAAACAAAAUAUUAUGUUUUUUGUUUUAAAGAACAAAUAGUUUGCAUUAUUAUUUGCCUGUAGAAAUGCACUUGAGUAACUUUGUGUCAGUAUUUCAUGUUUAAGGACUAAGUAAAAGUAUAUUUUAUUUAUAUAUUUUUGCUUAUUUUCAGUUUGAGGUCAGAGAUCAUUUUCGGACUGAACACAGACAUUAGUUUGACUCAGCUGAGUUUUGGUGUGCUAACAUUACCUUUUUGAAAUUGUCAUGUUUUAUCGCCAUGAGGAAAGACCAUGGCAGACUGUUCGCGCUAAAUAAAAGACACAUUUUCAGAAUAA